GUCAACCUCCCCGUCCUCGCGGCGCGUCUCACUUCGCUCACGCCCGGAAGAUAGGAAAAGCAGGAAAAGUAACCAAAAAAAAAGAAGAAACAGAAAUAAGUUCACCCCCCCGCCGAACCACCCCCAGUGUUCCUCCCCCUACGGCGAGCCGAGAAGAAUCCACCCCCUGCGUCCGUCAGAAGGAGACAGGCCGAAUUGCUGGCGGGAAGGGAACCAGGAAACCGAAGAUAACUACCCUAUCAGCACCCACCCCCUGACUGACUGUCUAUGAGGAAAGGGGUUGCGGAGGGAUGCUGUACAACGAGAGCUCCGUCUUCGGCCCCCUGGCCUACGUCGGCGCCAUUCCGGAUGUAGGGCACGUCGAGCAGAUGCAGGAACGUCUCCUGGGGUGGAACGUGCCCCCGGAGCACUUGGAACUGGUCCACCCCCACUGGAGGGGGUUCCUGGCACCCGGCAAGUACUGGCACAUCGGCCUCGCCCUGAUAUACUUCAUGCUGCUGGUGCUCUCCUUCGUGGGGAACGGAUGCGUCGUGUGGAUAUUCACCACGUCGCGCUCCCUCCGCACCCCGUCCAACAUCUUCGUCGUCAACCUGGCGCUCUUCGACCUGCUGAUGGCCCUAGAGAUGCCGAUGUUAAUCGUCAACAGCUUCCUGGAACGGAUGAUGUUCUGGGAGGUGGGCUGCGACGUGUACGCCAUCCUGGGCAGCAUCUCCGGGAUCGGCUCAGCCAUCAACAACGCCGCCAUAGCGUUCGACCGAUACAAGACGAUAUCCUGCCCCAUCGAUGGGAGGCUGAACGGCAAGCAGGCGGGAAUCAUCGUGGCGUUCACCUGGUUCUGGGCACUGCCGUUCUCCGUGUUGCCCAUCACCAAGGUGUGGGGCAGGUACACGACAGAGGGCUUCCUGACGACCUGCAGCUUCGACUAUCUUACGGAGGACCAGGACACGAAGGUCUUCACCGGGUGCAUCUUCGUCUGGGCAUACGCCAUCCCGAUGUGCCUCAUCGUCUACUUCUACUCCCAGCUGAUCAAGUCCGUUCGGCGACACGAGAAGAUGCUUCGUGAACAGGCCAAGAAGAUGAACAUGAAGUCGCUGGUCUCCAACCAGGACAAGGACCGCGGAGUGGAGAUGAGGAUCGCGAAAGUGGCCUUCACGAUCUUCUUCCUCUUCGUCUGUUCCUGGACCCCGUACGCGGUGGUGGCCAUGAUGGGAGCUUACGGGAACAGGGAGAGCCUGACGCCGUUCACGACGAUGAUCCCGGCCCUGUUUGCCAAAGUCGUGUCCUGCAUCGAUCCCUGGGUCUACGCCAUCAACCAUCCAAGGUACAGGAUAGAGCUGCAGAAGAGGUGCCAGUGGAUGGGGAUCCGCGAGCCGGAGCUGCCCCACGAGACCGUGUCGACCACGACGGAGAAGAUAAAGACCGACGAAGCCUAAGCUGGACCUUGAUCUCGAUAUAUCUGGACCACGGGAGGCUGCAUCGCUGCACCACCACCAGCGGUGCAUCCAGGAAUUCCCAACGAAUGACAGGCCAGCUCCUGGGGGAUCGGGCUCGCGAUUGGUCGAGCUCGAUCGACUGUCCCGGGGGUACGUUCUUCUGUAAAUCGAAUUAAAGCCGAAU